AUGGCGCACCAAUCAAAAAACUCGACUCCACACUCCAUCAAACCCUUGAAACAUCUCUCCUUCAAAUUCCCAGGUUUUGGCCGGAAAUCCCUCUCACUAAUCUCCAUUCUCGCCGUAUUUUCACUCUGUUUCAUCUCAUCUUUCCUCCGCCCUCAGCGCAUCAACGCUGUCUCCGCCGCCGAAUCAGACACCAACAUAUCGCACAUCCUCUUCGGCAUCAGCGGCUCCGCCAAGACAUGGCGCCGCCGCCGCCACUACUCCGAGCUAUGGUGGCGCCCGAACUCCACCCGCGGCUUCGUCUGGCUGGACGAGGCCGCCCCCGAGAACUGGCCAGACUCAUCGCCUCCGUACAAAAUCUCAGCCGACACAGCCCGGUUCAAGUACACGUGCUGGUACGGGUCGAGGUCGGCCGUGCGGAUCGCCCGCAUCGUGAAGGAGAGCUUCGACCUCGGCCAGCGAGACGUCAGGUGGUUCGUCAUGGGAGACGACGACACCGUUUUCUUCACCCGCAAUUUGGUCAGCGUUUUGAGGAAAUACGACCACCGCCAGAUGUAUUACAUCGGCGGCAUCUCCGAGAGCGUGGACCAGGAUGUCGUCCAUUCCUACACUAUGGGCUACGGCGGGGGCGGCUUCGCCAUCAGCCGCCCCAUGGCCGCAGCCCUCGUCCCGAUUCUCGACCGUUGCAUUGAUCGCUACGCCGCGUUUUACGGCUCCGAUCAGAAAAUCGGGGCUUGCAUCAGUGAAAUCGGCGUUCCCCUCACCACAGAAGUUGGUUUUCAUCAGAUGGAUAUACGUGGAAAUCCGUUUGGCCUGCUUUCGGCGCAUCCGUUAGCGCCACUUGUAUCACUGCACCAUCUAGACUACCUUCAACCAUUGUUUCGGGACACGAACAGGGUUGCAUCGCUAAAGAAACUCAUGGCGCCGUACGAAUUCGAUCCGAGCCGGCUACUGCAGCAUACAUUUUGCUAUGACUUAACCCGAAAUUGGUCGAUUUCGAUUUCAUGGGGCUACAAUGUUCAGUUAUAUCCUUUCAUAUUGACUGCAAAAGAUUUGAGCACUCCACUGCAGACAUUUUUGACGUGGUCGUGGAGGCGAGGGCCCUUCACUUUCAAUACUCGACUCAUGAGCUUGAAUCCUUGUGAAAGGCCUCUCGAGUUUCGGUUUUACGGGAUCGACGAGAUCGAGGGCGGAUUUACAUCAACGAGCUACAUCAGGGACCGAUCCGAAUUCAGGAGGAAAUGUGACAAGUUAAAUUAUAAGGCUGCUUAUUUGUUGAAGGCCUUCAAUGUCACUGCCGGCUUGCUUCAUCCUCAAUAUUGGAACAAGGCGCCAAGUAGAGAGUGUUGUCAAGUUAUGAGUGGCUCGCCAAUACAAAACGACGUAGUUGGAGUCAAAAUCAGAGGCUGCAAUCGAUAUGAGCCGAUAUCGCCUCCGUAG